AUGGGCAAGGGCGGCAACGCGAACCCGCGGGAGCUCAAAGGCGGCAAGGCCGAGCAGCUGACAGUCUACCUGUAUGGCAAGGCUGUCGACGUCUCGAAGUUCGCGAAGCUGCACCCGGGAGGCGCCAAGGCGCUGCGCAUCUUCAACAACCGCGACGCCACCGAGCAGUUCGAGAUGUACCACUCGCCCGCCGGGAGCCUCGAUGCCGGCGAGACAGCGGCCAGCACGGGUGACGCGGAGAGCGAGGUCGCGACGUCGGUCGUUGGGACGGACUUCGCCAAGCUGACGCAGACGCUGCACGACGCCUUCAAGCUCGGCCUCACGCUGCUGCCCGGAUUCCUCGGCUUCUACCUGCUGCGGAGCGGCAUGCCGGCGCUCGGAUCCUUCCUGAUCGCUUUCUCGUACUACAUGUGGACCUCCCACGAUUACUUGCACCACGGCUGCCUCAAGGGCGGCCAAAAGCAGCUGGUGCACUGGAACAACGCCGUCGGCUACGCAAUCGGCGCUUGGCAGCCCUACGCGCGCGCCUUCUUCAAGAAGCACGGCUUCGUCUACCGCGAGUCGAACCUCGUCGAGUGCGUCAAGUACAACAUCGCCGCCCUCGACAUCCGCACGCGCAACGGCGAGUGGGCAGAGAUGCCGCACUAG